CUCCUUGGUGCGGCUUCGUCAAUCCGCCACUCUUUGAUCUGCAGUAUGUCGAUUCACGGAGCUCUCUUUUCCAGACCCGUCCUAUAUGGCUUGGGGCUCAGCGCUGCCCGGGCCUGCGUUCUUCCGCGACAGCUCACCACCGCGGCCGGACUUGACCUCAAUUCGAUCCGAGCCACCUUCGGAGGAAUCGGGAACGGCCGAGUCACUCUCCACGUCGCACCGGAGCACCCAGAGAUUGCAAUCAUAGAGCUGUCCAACAAAGGCAGAAAGAAUGCGUUCUCGCCGUCGAUGAUGGUGCAGCUUUCAGACAUCGUGGACCAGCUCGAGCAUGCGGUCAAUCAUGGGCGGUCUCCAAAGCCCGCCCAGAAUGCAUCCGAGGGCUUGAACAAGCUCAUAGGCGUCAUCGUUAAGGGCGAAAGCGACAGCUUCUGCUCUGGGUUUGAUCUGUCGUGCUCAACUGAGCUGGUCGAUCCGCUCCAACCCGAGUUUGGCAAGCAAAUGUCGACGCUAAUGCAUGAUACCUUGCAGCGAUUCCAGAAGCUUCCACUCAUCAGCAUCGCCGCUGUCGAAGGAUAUGCGAUUGGUGGCGGCGCAGAGCUCACCACCGCCUGCGACCACCGAGUUGUCGCCAAGAAUGCGAUUGUGCGAUUCGUCCAGGUCAAAAUGGGAGUCGUGCCAGGAUGGGGAGGCGCCACUCGGCUGACCAAGAUCCUCGGCAAAUCCAAGGCACUUCAGGUCCUCUCGAGCUCUCCCAAGCUUAGCAGCGACGACUGCAUGGCCAUCGGCCUUGCAGAUGCCGUUGCCGAUCCUGGCGAUGCUGUUGAAAAGUCCAAGCGCAUCCUAAACUCAUAUCUGGGCGAUGCUGGAGAUGGCACGCAACACUCACCGCAGAUCAUCCGGAACAUGAAGAGGGUCGUACAGUACGCCGACGACUGCCAUUCCAUCUCCGAGUCCUUGACCUACGAGCGCAGUAUCUUCCAGAGUCUGUGGGCUGCAGAAAUCAAUCUGACGGCCAUCAAAAACGCAACCAAGAAGCGCGAAAAGACAAAGCUCUGAGAUGCGCCCCUGGAGCAAGCAUACAGGCCCCAGCGAUGAUUUGCAGGAAGGCACACAGUGCAGUGGGAAUAAAAGGA